CAACCAACAUGAUUUUUUUUUUUUUAAUCUCCCCCUCCCUCAAAACCCCAACCAGGUAACCAAAAUCGCUAUUUUCCCAACCGUGAUACCGAUGCUUAGUACUGUCUCUAAUCUUGCGUGGCAAGAUAUCGGUGUUUCAAACUUGAAAGUCUUGGUUGUUUUAUAUUGUAGGGCUCAUUGAACGAGGUUUUGUCAAAACAGUAUUUCUUCUUUUUCCCUUUUUAGGCUUUCGUUUAAUACAUGCUUUCUGCUCUCCCCUUUUUGCCUUCCCACAUUUCAUCCAAACACACCCUUCACCCUUCACCCUUCACCCUUCACCCUUCACUUCAAUUCACUCUCCCUUCUUCUCCCCCCCCCCCUGGCAUUCAAUCACUCAUCUUUCUCACCACUUCUCAUUAACUUAACUGCCCACAAUUUCUCUCUCUCUCUCUCUUUCUUCAAUCACUCACUUUCUUAAUCAUUUUUUAGUCUUUUUCUUCCAUUUUCUUAAAUGGGUUUUACUCAAAUUCCUGUCUUUUCCAUCACAAAUACAACACUACUACUUCUCAUUUCUCUCUUCUUUUUCUUCUCACUAGCUCAAGGCUGGUCAAUUUCCCAACAAAAUGAAGCAUCAGUAAAGGUAAAAGAAGAGAAAUUAAUAGAGAGAGCAUUAAUAGGUUCAAGUCCACCAAGAUGUGAAGGAAGGUGUAGAAAUUGUGGACAUUGUGAAGCAAUUCAAGUUCCAAUAGUUCCACAACAAGGUUUCCCAAGAAGUCAUUUUGUUAAACAUUCAACACCAACUCUUGCUUAUUCUAGAGGAGAUGGUGUUUCUAAUUAUAAACCUAUGAGUUGGAAAUGCAAGUGUGGUGAUUCCAUUUUUAAUCCUUGAUUAUUUUUAACAUCAUAGAUUAGCUAGUAUUAUAGAUUUUUGUUUCUACUAUUAUUUUUCUCUCAUGUAAAUACUUAUAUCUUGUUAUCUUUGCUCCAUUCUUAUAUGCAAUUAAUAGUAGAUUUUUUUUU